AGCAGGACCAUAGUUACUGUAACUCCAGCUUGUCUUAGGAUCAUACUACCUUGUCGUCUAGUUACUGGAUCUCCAGUUUUUCGCCAAAAUGAAGAUGAGCAUCAGAAUGUCAGACAGCUCUAUCGGUGUGCUCCUGGCCCUCCUGACCAUCACCGAGGGGAUGACUCUAAGUGACUUGGGGUCAGACUUACGUUGUCGCUGCAUCCAGAUGGAGAGGCGUCGGAUUGGUAAACUCAUCGACAAGGUAGAGAUGUUCCCUCCCAGCUCUCACUGCAAAGACACAGAGAUCAUAGCCACUCUGAAGGGGAGCGGUAAGGAGAUUUGUUUGGACGUCAGCGCUCCCUGGGUCAAGAAGAUCAUUGAGCAGAUACUGGCCAAGCACAAGAGAAACUCAUACAGCCCAAAGACCUGGAAUAAACGAGCCAGCAAGAAGCCUUGAAACCCAGACUUCCAUUGACUUGAUCAAUGCUAUCAAGAGCUACUUCGCACACAGGGAGAGAUUUCAGUGCUACUGCCUUUAAAAUGGAUGGACUGCAUUUACAUAGUACUUACCUAGUGCUGGAAGUUCUCACCUUUUCCACUACCAAUGUGUAGCAUCCUUUAAGUUGGUUAAGUUGUGUGACAGGACUCUCUUACACUGCAUCUCGCCCGAUGGGUGUCACGUUGCUGUAUGUGGUUUGUCAUUUGUUAUGUUGCUGACUCACGUGCCCAGAAAGUAAUUGCCCAUCAGAGAUAAAUAACGUUUUUUGAGUAGAAUACUGUUGAAUCGAGUCUAGUGUUCAGAGUUGGGGUCACAGAAUCUAUCCUACUGACAUCUACUGCAUGUACAGUACCUACAACAGUGGCUGUUUCAUUCAGAAUUGAAAGAAGUAAAUGAUUUUGGAUCUUGAUAUGUGUAUUAUGUUUAAUCAAAAGACAAAGAUAUUGGUAAAGUAAUGAAAUACUUUUUGGUUGCAAACAUUCACCAAGAAGACACAUUCAAAAAGAGUGGUUUGUUUAAGAACGACCCCUCACUAUGUGGUUGGCAAUCAAGCGACCUGGAUUCGAUUCCCACCAGUUACAGAAGUAGCAAAUAUAUACCUCACAGCAGAAGUUGCCUUUAUGUUCCCUUUUUUGAAGUAGAAAUACACAGAAAAAUACUCCAUGGCUCUGUCUCAAAAUUGGCCUAAACUUUUCAACAUAUAUUACCACAAUAUCACCCAAGAAUAUCUGUGUUUGACUUAUUUGUCUGUUUCAUAUAAUAUUGGGUUACAAUUUGGAAAACUAUCACUUGAACAACAUUUAUUUGGCAUAACAAAUCCUUUCUACUCUAUAUUUUUUCAACUUAAAUGUAUGUUUCCAACAUACUCAUAUCUAAUUCAAUUUUUCGCCGCUGGCCAAAAUGUGGCGUUAAGUCAUCGUUUCCUGAUCUGCUUUUUCUUUCAGAAUACAGAAAAUGUAGAAAUACUUGCACUGUACUUGAGUGAAGAAAAUAUACAACAUUAAGGCUGCUUUUCUUUGUUUCUUAGGAUUCACUAUUCUCAAACAUUAAAUCAAAUCAAAAUCAAAUCAAGUUUAUUUUAUAUAGCCCUUCGUACAUCAGCUAAUAUCUCGAAGUGCUGUACAGAAACCCAGCCUAAAACCCCAAACAGCAAGCAAUGCAGGUGUAGAAGCACGGUGGCUAGGAAAAAAUCCAAAUUGAAUGAAUGUAUUCAAUGCUCUCCCUCCACUCUUCAAUGUCAAUUUUCUCAUCUUACAAUCAAUAUCCUAAUUGUUUUUAUAUUGAUAGAACAAUUGAACCUUGUGUGUAGCUUACUGUUUUAUAAAAGUAUUUCUGGGUUAGCUAUUGUACUUGUCUUUUGCCCUUUUUUCCUGCAAUAUGAACCAAAGUUGCAUUGUGUACAUCUCUAACACAAGUUAGUGUAGAUUAGGAUAAUUGUAUUCCCUAUAUUAAAACAAUGUGCAGGUUUACACCUUUUGCUUUUGACUGAUCCUCCAAAGCUGACACACUAUCACAACUAUCACACACUAUCACACAAGAGAAUGCCAAGAGUGUGCAAAGCUGUCACAAAGGCAAA